AUGCACAUCUUCUUUGCUACAUUUUCUUCGUAUUUGAUUUCUGGGGCAAUUGAUAUCUUUUGCAUUACACUGAAUGAGACUUGAGCUUCAGUUUUUGUUGCUGAUAUUAGCUGUGCAGUAUUCUUCCAAGAAUUAAGAGAUCUGAGUAAAUUGUAUUUAACUGCAUGGUUUAAGUUUGUAAGCAAAUCUUUGAUAUUCUUUGAGUGGUCAAUAAAUUCAAGUUGAGUUGUAGGCUUAUUUAAAAUUUCGAAUACUGGCCUAUUUCUUGGAGCUGAUCUGACUUUAACUGCCUUUGUCUUUCUCUUAAUCCUACGCAUUACAACAAAGAGAAGCCAUUGUUUUUUUUGUGAAAAUAAAUCAUCUUUAAACUGAACCAAAAAUUAUUUAUUUAUAUUUAAUAAUUUUAUAAUAAUAUUUUUUAGCUAAUUCUAUUAAAACUUUAAUGCUAAAUUCUAAGCAUAAAUAAAACAAAUUAGAUUUUUGUUCAAAUUGAGAUUUUUAAAAAAAAAAAAUUUAUUUUAAAUAAUCGUUUCAUUCAUGAGGGAGCUGAAAACCCUUGCUCGCUUGAAAGGGAUAAUUAGCAAUUGCCGUAUUUUUCUUGUGGUGAUUAAUUUUCCAUCUAUUUAUAACUUUUUGGAGAUUGCCUCUGAAAAUUCUGGCUAAGUUCAAAAUAGUUUUCUUCAUCAUUUCUUUCUGGCUUUGAGUCAAUUCUUCGAUUUCUUCAAUAAUUACAAUAGGCUUUGCUAAAACUUUUUCUGAAUGUCUAAAUUCCUCAACUGAGUUCUCAAUAUAA